AUGCCGUAUAAGCUGUGGAAGGUUAAGGUUCUCUGUCCCAAUCCUGCCUGUGGACAGCAUCAACUGACAGGAGGCGGUCUGCAUAAAAGGGCACGGCAAGUUCAUGACAUUGACAGGAUGUACAACAUGGUCACAGAAACCCUCAUCUGUAAGAAGUGUAAAGCUUCUCAUGUGUCCUGGAGUCAGACUGUCCUGCAACAGCUGGAUCUGGGUCAUCGCUCUGAGUUUCGGGUCAUCCUCACGCUGAAGUAUGCCUGUGAUCUGAGAGUCAUUAGACUCUUGCGUGAACGUGGCCUAGGCAACAGCCCCACGCGUGUUAUUAAACAGCUGCGUGAGAACCACAGCGAGGAGUGGCUCCAGCGUCUGGCCCGGUACACCACCCAGUGCAUGGACUUCAUCAACCGCCCUGGGGUGUUGCCAAUGCAGUUCCAGGAACCUCCUGAGCCUACAGUGUUGCCGAGCGUCAAGUGGCUUCUCACUGUGUACAGCCAAGACAUCCUGACAAGGCUGGAUGAAAUCCAUGCCAGGAUAACAUCCACACAUGGCACAGUGUUGAAAAUGGAUUCCACUAAAAAGAUCACCAAGAAGCUGGCUGGUACAGCGAGGGGAACAGGAAAAUGGCUCACUUCUGUUGUCAAUGAGUUUGGUCAGGUGCUCAUGAGUGUGUUGACAGCCCAGGAAGGAGCAGGACUGGACAUGAUGAUAGAUGGUCUGGUGAAAAGAUACCAGCAGGCUGGUGUGGAUCCACCUGCUGUGUUGUAUGUUGACUGUGGGUGCUGCACUGAGGUGGGGGAAACCAAGCUGAAAACCAGGUUCAGAGGAUGGCCAGAUCUCUUAAUAAGGCUGGACAUCUGGCAUUUCAUGCGCAGGAUUGCUGUGGGCUGUACAACUGAUGCCCAUCAGCUUUAUCCUAUAUUCAUGGCACGACUGUCUGCAUGCAUCUUUGAAUGGGAUGCUGCUGAUGUUGCUGUGCUACGCAGAGCCAAGAAAGAGCUGCUGGUGUCCCAGGGUUGGCCUGUGCUGACAGAUGAAGUUGUCAGUAAACAUCUUUCCAAACAGGAGCUGGCUCUGCAUUGUCGGAGGAGGACCCAUGGAGAGGAGACUACCAUUCUUCUCCUUGAGCGGCUGCUAACAGAGCUCAUGACCAGCAAUGGCAGUGACUCUAUGGGUGUUCCUCUUCUGGACAGAGAAAGGAUGGAGACCCACCCGGUGUAA